AUGCCUCGGCGCCCGCAGACCUACGAUGAUUAUGGCGCAGCCGUCCAACAGAUUAUCAUCACUUCAUCCGACGCAGACUUUCUCGACCAGCUCAUUCCGGUUCUCAAAGAUGCCUCGCACUCGAAUCGAACCCCUUCGCUGAUGCAAAAUCUCGUGCGAUAUGCUGAAGACAGAGAGUCCGAUAUUGAGAGAAUAGGCUUGACAAAGCACGAGGAGUUUCUUGGUUCCGUGAACCAACUUCAGAACGUGCGCGAAGGCACUGUCACUCUCACAGCAGAGAUUCUCAGAUUGAACCAGUCAAUCCAGGCCAGCACCGAGAAGCUUGCUGACCAAAAGCAAGCUCUGGUGAACACAAGAGCCGUUCGACAGAACAUCGCCGACGCAUCCGAUGCUUUAAAAGAGUCGCUCAAGAUCCUCCACGCUGUCAAUCAUGCUCAUGACCUGAUCCGCACUAAAAAGUAUUAUGCAGCGCUCAAGUCACUCGAGGACUUGCAGAAUGAGCAUCUGAUUCCGACAAUCCAGAAUAAGUACGCUACUCAGCACAGACUGGCCGAUGUGAUUCAAAAGUCGAUACCCGCGUCCCAGAAAAUCAUUUCUGAAGCCGUCAUGACCGACCUAAAUACCUGGCUGUUUCGAAUUCGCGAGACCUCACAAUUCCUCGGCGAGGUCGCGUUCUAUCACACCGAACUUAGAAGGGCGAGACAGAGAGAACGGGUGGAGAGAGACAGUUUCCUCAACAACUUCAGACUCAAUUCGUCGAUCGAGCUGGUCUUUGACGAGAGUGAAGAGUUCGACGUGCUCGACAACGAGGAGCUACGAGUUGACUUUACCCCGUUGUUCGAGUGCCUCCAUAUCCACAAUGCCCUGGGUCAAAGCGAGAAGUUCCGUGCCGAAUAUGCUACAACUCGUCGCCAGCAGAAAGAUUUACUACUGCCGAGCACAGUGAAUCUUGUUGCAGAGGAUGAAUCCUCACUGAGCAGUCUCCUCGAAGGCAUUGCUGGUUUUGCCAUCAUCGAGAAGGCGACCAUGAGAAGAGUCCCCAACUUGCGCUCUGCGGUUGAUGUUGACGAGCUAUGGGACUCAAUGUGUCAUACUGCUAUCACAUUGACCUCUCAGGCCCUCAAUGAAGUCAGCAACGCCGAAAUACUACUCAAGAUCAAAGGUGUUAUAGCUCUUUUCAUUCAAACCAUGGAGGGCUGGGGCUAUUCUGUAUCUGUGCUGGACAACUUCCUGCUUACAUUAUUUGACAAGUAUGCAGAGCUUUUGAAGCGUCGCUUCAGCGAAGACUUCCAGGAGUCGCUUGACGAGCUGCUGACCGAGAAGGUUUGCAAGUCUCUCGUUGAGAGGCUGAGCUCACAAUAUCUCGGGCAGAUCGUGCAGAUUCUCAUCAACCUCGAGCAUUUUGAAGCCGCAUGCCAGGAGCUUGAGCAGCUUCUUAUCCGAGCAAGAUCGUCUACGUCAGCUGGCGGCCCUGUCACGCUUGUUGCUACUGAAGAAUUUCGAAACAACAAAAAGACAGCUGAGAAGCGUAUUUUCGAACUUGUCAACUCAAAGAUUGAUGACCUUGUGGAUACAGCUGAGUAUGACUGGAUGGUGACCACGACAUCUCCCGAUCCAAGCAGCUACAUGCAGACCAUGACCCGGUAUCUUUCUACCAUCAUGAACUCGACGCUUCUAGGCUUGCCAAGAGAAAUCAAAGAGCUCAUAUACUUUGAUGCACUCAGUCAUGCCGCCAACAAGAUUCUUGCGUUGCCACUUUCCCCGGACGUCAAGCAUAUCAACACCAAUGCCGUCGCAGCCUUGGCUAAAGACGUCCAAUAUCUCACCGAGUUUGUCGACAGUCUUGAAAACGGAGCCAUGCUACGGGAGAACCUGGACGAACUUCAACAAACAAUCAAUCUGAUGCAGUCUGACAAUCACGACGAAUUCUUUGAUAUUUCGAUCCGCAACAAAAAGUUUGGUCGCGUAGACGCAUUGAACGGUCCCAUCCUACUGGAAAAGCUUACCUCGAAUGCCCAAGGUCCCACGCGCAGCGCUCCUCUCGCCAACUUUUCAUCCAGAUUCGGUAUGAUGAAGUGA